CGCUGCCCUCGCGCAUCAUUCGACCUCCGCGCACCGCAGUCUAGGCACCAACGCCCUGCACUGUAAACGCGUCCGGGAGCACGACUCUCGUACCGACUCAACGAACAGGAUAAGUUAAGCGAGCACAAUGCCUUUCAAACCUGCAGACAACCCGAAAUGCCCGAAGUGCGGCAAGUCCGUGUACGCGGCGGAAGAGCGCGUCGCGGGAGGACUCAAGUGGCACAAGAUGUGCUUCAAAUGCGGCGACUGUCUAAAACGACUGGACUCCACAAACUGUUGCGAGGGGCCUGACAAAGACAUUUACUGCAAAGUAUGUUAUGCAAAGAAGUUUGGUCCUAAGGGAUACGGUUAUGGAAAGGGGGCUGGUGUCCUCCAGAGCGAUCCUUACGCCAAUGGGGACCAAGCUCCUAAAACAACGGUAGUCGAUACUGCGGUGAUCAAGGCGCCACCCGGCAAGGGUUGCCCACGUUGUGGCGGUGUCGUCUACGCUGCUGAACAGGUCUUGGCUAAGGGCCGUGAGUGGCAUCGCAAGUGCUUCAAAUGCCGCGAUUGCACAAAGACCCUCGACUCCAUUAUUGCCUGCGACGGCCCAGACUCUGACGUCUACUGUAAGACCUGUUACGGCAAGAAGUGGGGACCCCACGGAUACGGAUUCGCUUGCGGAUCUGGAUUCUUACAAACCGAUGGUUUAACUGAGGAUGAGAUUUCUGCAAACCGUCCUUACUACAACCCGGACACCACCAGCAUUAAAGCCCCCAAGGGUCAAGGCUGCCCCAGAUGUGGUGGUAUGGUGUUUGCUGCUGAACAACAACUUGCCAAGGGAACAAUGUGGCACAAGAAAUGCUUUAACUGUGCUGAAUGUCACCGUCCAUUGGACUCCAUGCUGGCAUGUGAUGGACCUGACAAGGAGAUCCAUUGCCGUUCCUGCUAUGCCAAGCUGUUUGGACCACGAGGCUUUGGCUACGGCCAUGCACCAACACUUGUGUCCACAGACUCUGAGCCAACAGUCACAUACACUGAACAACUUCCAUUCACUGGACCCAAGGCAGCUAAAGGCAAGGGUUGCCCACGAUGUGGCUUCCCUGUAUAUGCUGCUGAACAAAUGAACUCCAAGAAUGCAACAUGGCACAGAAGGUGCUUCUCCUGCGCAGACUGCCACAAGUCUCUUGAUUCUACAAACCUGAAUGACGGACCCAACGGUGAAAUUUACUGCCGCAGCUGUUACGGUCGCAACUUCGGACCUAAGGGAGUUGGAUUCGGAAUGGGUGCCGGCACAUUAACCAUGGCUUAAAAGACUACAUUGUUGGACGUAAUAAACUACACAUGCAAUUUUGCAUUGCAAUAUAUUCUGUCAUAAAAUAACUAGAUCAUACCAUAUAUUAAACUGGUUUUAAUUAUGGUUGAUCUCUAAUGAGACUAGACGCGAAAUGGUUAGUUGUAAGUUGAAAUAUUUUAUGAUAGAAUAGUAUAAAUUAAAGGUUACAUUCCUUUCUCAAUAGGUACAAAACUGCGAUGAAUGUGUCUGGGCCCUUAGUUUAUAAAUUCAUCAUAAAAUAUAUAGAUUAAGGCACAUAGACUUAAUAGAUACGUUAUAUGUAUGUAAGGAUUUAAAAACAAUAAAAUAAUAAAAAAAAAUAUUUAAAAACAAAAAUAUGGCAUUGUGAUUACCUACCUUCUAUAGUAUCACAUUGUGAUAACGGAAAGUAGGUACAAAACUAUCCUGUAAACACGGAUAAAGAUCGCAUUUAGUUGUGAUCGUUGCGACCGACCAGAUCUUAUCCUACAGAUCUGAAGUGGAUAUACAUAUUUUUAUACACCAAAGAUUUUGUAUAUAAUUUGAUCACUUCAUAUAAUAAAACAGCAAUAAGUUGUGCUAGAGUUAACUAAAUAUUUUAAGGCUUUCGCUAUAACUUGCUAAAUAAAUUAUAUUUUUAAAUUAUGUCGGCUUAUUGCAGAUCUUGUGGCAGUAUUCUUCAUUAAUUUCAUAUUUAAUAAAUAAAUAAAACC